GCCCCGAUUGCUUGCUUCUAUUGUCCUUCUACGCAGCUUCUAAGGGUUAUUAUUCUGAAACUUCUUCUCCAGUUUAUUUUUUUGGAGUUUCUGCUUUUGUUCUGGUUUGUGUAUUGAGUAUCGAGUAUCGAAUUUGGACGAAUUCUAUAUAUCUUAUUGCGAUUGUGAACUGGCAUUUUUGAAAUUGUUUUAUAUCUACCCACCAAAGUACUUCCUCGAGUGGUUAUUAGCAAACAACAACAACACCAAGAAUCACCCCCGGAACGGAUACAUCGAUACGAAAUUCCCAAGUCGAAACUCGUAACUCGAGACUCGGCACAACAUUCAGCAUUACGAGCAGAAAUCUGGGAACUCGAGAGAGAAAAGUGUUGCGGGGUAUAAUAAAGUGGAGUGGCUCGUUCCGUCGGAGCUAUCAUAUCAUCAAUCGGACAGAGAACAGAGCAGGAGAGAAAAGAUAUCCACUUCGCUGCAGCAGAGGAAAGGGAAGACAAGCAGAUAGGAGGAGUACAACACAUCAUAUUGCACACACCCACGCACGCUCGCAUAUCUUUCUGGAUUUUCAUUUGACUGCUUGAUUGCUUUGUCUUGCUUUGCUUUGCCACAUUUUUGCUUCGAAGGGAUGGGUUUAUAAUUGAAUCUCUCCCCCCCUCUCUCUCUUUCCCUCCGUCUCAAAACUUGGAAUCGAUAUCGACAUCGAAGCGCGGAAUUCGAAAUUGGGAAGACCAUAUUGGAAUUCGCAUAUUGAACGCUGCGUGAGAAUACGAAAUGAGUGUGGGAACAUCAUCAGAUAUCAAACAAGUAUCAAUACUUUGUCGCAAUGUGUAUCGAAAAUGCAGAGAGGCGGGCGUAGAAUACGAGGAGAUUAGACGGGAAGUGAGAGGUUUGCAUGGGGUACUGAGGGAGUUGAAGGAGGAGGGGCAAGAGAGGGAUGGAGAAAGGGAUGAGGGGAUUUGGGACAGUGUGGAUGGCAUUAUUCGGGAUUGUGAAGGGACGCUUAGACAACUUGAUGGAUUGUUGGGGAGGUAUGGGAGGAAUGGGAGCGGAAGGUUGGGGAGUAACGAAAUGGAUCAAUUGGGUGGGAUUCGAGUAAGGUUGAUUUCGCACAAGAAGAAUAUAUCGCAUAUCCUCGACUCGCUACUACACGAAGAUGAAGACGGAGAUGCAAAGGAUGCAGAAGAGCUAGACGGAAAGGCAGAACUGGAUAUGUUGUUGGAUAAGGUGGAUGAUAUUGCAGCGGAUAGGAGUCAGAGGGCUGGGACUAUACAAAUGAUGGGUUCUGAGAAUGAGGAUGAGGAGGAUAAUAUGCAGAUUUGGAAAUGGUUCAGGAGGAAUCUUAUCGAAGAGGGGGUUCAUAGAGGAAUCUUGGAACGGCAUAAGGAUGUUCUAAUUGCGUAUAUACGACAAAUGGAACAAGAUGGGCUGCUGGUCGAAAACCCAUCUGCAUCUGCAUCUGCACCUACGCCUCGAACCAGUCCAAUGACUUCUCAUAAGGAACGAUGGGACUCUACACAUUCCGAAUCAUCUCAUACACAAGGACCACCAGCUUCGUUCAACAACAUCAAUAUCAAUUCAGGGCGCAAUGACCCCGGAGCAAAAGAAAUGAUACAACGAGAAGACAAUAUAAAAUUCCCCCCAUCGAUAAAAUUUCAAAGACCCAAACCCGAAUCUCUCGUCGAUUCAUAUACAUAUCCCGGACGAUAUAUGUCGCCGACUCCUCAUCGACAAUUGUCACCUCCUUUGACUCCCAAAAUUUCAACCACAGAUCUCGAUAUAUCAGAGUCGAAUUCCAAAAAGGAUAUUGACGGCUCAAAAUUAAACUCUGAGGAUAAUACGUCAUUGACGCAUCAGACGACAUCACGAUAUCCAAUUAAUGCAAACAAUAAUAAUACUUCAAUAAUUCAAACCUCGGAUCUUCUUUUGCUUCCUUGCUUUACAACAAGUACUCCUCAACUUCUUCCACCGUCUUCUCCAGGAAGUUGGAAUUCGAAUUCAUACUCUUACUCAUAUCCCAAUGAACCUCUCAACGAACACAUACAAUCACAACCUCAAUUGAAUACGAUGACACUAAGACCAAAACAUAGCUCGGACCCAGUCCAGAAAUCAUCACCACGUACAAGCGGUGUUCGAUUCGAUCUUCCAGAUGACACGCAUCGAUCAUCAAAAGUUCACACACCUGCACCUAGUAAUGGAAAUAAUACUCAUGAUUCCACCAUUCCAAUUCCCAUUCCUACUUCUAGUACAAAUUCAAGAAUCGCACCCGAUUCAUCCGGUCAUGAAAUUCCUCCAGAUGCAAAAUGGACCAAGGUAAAACGAUCUUUGAUAUCACCAGAAGUAUUGGUGAAAGAUGGGAGGAGAUUCGAAGCUCGACCAGAAUUCGUAGCUAUCUUAGGAAUUCUCACGAAAGAGGAGAUUCAACAAUAUGCUGAGCGUUCACAUAUCUUGAGAGAAGAACGUUGGUGGAGAAAUCAUCCUGAGCAGAGAGAAAGAAGAGAAAGAAGAGAGAGGAGGGAAAGGAGUGAAAGAAGUAGAAGAAGAAACUCAGAGGAUGAGGAAAGUUCUUGCAGUUCCAAUUCUAGUUCGGAGAUGAGCUCGGAUUCAGAUUCAAAUUUAGAUACGAAUGAGCAUAGAAGAUGCGGUGAUAAGAGAAAUAAGGAUGCAAGAGGAAAAGAGAGAAGAGGUGAUGAAUGGAAAGAGAAGGUAGAAAGAGGAGAAGGGAAAGGAAGAUCGGAAAGAUAUAAUCGCCGAGAAAGAGAUCGUGAGGCAAAUUAUACUUUUGCUCCUCAAUCACAAUCACAGCCACAACCUCAACAUUUCUCUUCCUCGCCAUAUCCUGCAUCGAAUAAUUCACUCCCAGGAAGGGGUAUGGAUAUACCCGGAACAAACCAAACACCAAAUGGAUACCCACCUCUAGGUUCUUUUCCUGGACAACAGAACUAUCCACAACAAGGAUAUCCGCCACCUCCACAACAACCACCUCCCUAUCCAACACAAAACCCAUUUCCUCAACCUCCCCAUUCUCAAGGACAAGGACCUCCUCCACAAAUAAAUCCAAAUCAAUAUCUCUCGCCAAACCCCUACGCUCCUUACUCUACAUCUCCGUCAAGUUCAUCGCCUACUUAUCCGCCUUCUUCAACGGCCACUUCUCCCUAUACAAAUAUAAAUCCACAUACAUAUACACCCAAUCCAUCAUAUCGCCCUCACACCUCUCGACGCCAUCAUUCUCAUUCCCAUUCGCGCUCUCCGCAUUCUCAUCACUCUCACUCACAUUCUCAUUCUCGCCGUUCGCGUGAUUCAGAUCCCCGAUCUUCAGAACCGAGAAGACAAAAUUCGGGGUCGGCUAGUACGAGUACGGGUACAGGUACGAGUAAAUGGCGGGAUCAUCUCGCUGCGGCGGGGAUAGGUGGAGGUUUGGGUGGUGCGGCGGCGGGAUUGUGGGAGGUGUUGAGUGAAGCUGCGGAGGGAUUUUAGAUUUGGGGGUUGUGGAUUGUGGAUUGUGGAUUGGGGAGAGAGAUAUGGGAGAGAUAUGAGAAAGAAUGAAAGGAAUGAAGGAGACUGAGGAGAAUGAAAGGACAAAUGAUAAGAAUGAAAUCAAAUGAAAUGAAAUGAAAUGAAACAGAAAUGGAAGUUUAAGGAUAAAGAUGAAGAUAUGAAGAUAUACAGAAAGGCAAAGGCAAAGGCAAAGGAAAGGAAAGGGGAGGUGAAAUAUGGGUCAAUAAUAGGUCAACGAUAUGAUAUGAUAUGAUACGAUAUAACGAACAUGAUGAAUAAAUGUAUUAAUAAAGAUCAUAAUGACAACGGUGAAACCA